AUGAGCUGGGCAGAUGAUAGAGUGGAAGAUAGGGUGGAAGAUGGGGUGGAAGAUAGGGUGGAAGAUAGGGUGGAAGAUAGGGUGGAAGAUAGGGUGGAAGAUAGGGUGGAAGAUAGGGUGGAAGAUGGGGUGGAAGAUAGGGUGGAAGAUAGGGUGGAAGAUAGGGUGGAAGAUAGGGUGGAAGAUAGGGUGGAAGAUAGGGUGGAAGAUGGGGUGGAAGAUAGGGUGGAAGAUAGGGUGGAAGAUAGGGUGGAAGAUAGGGUGGAAGAUAGGGUGGAAGAUAGGGUGGAAGAUAGGGUGGAAGAUAGGUUGGAAGAUAGGGUGGAAGAUGGGGUGGAAGAUAGGGUGGAAGAUAGGGUGGAAGAUAGGGUGGAAGAUAGGGUGGAAGAUAGGGUGGAAGAUGGGGUGGAAGAUAGGGUGGAAGAUAGGGUGGAAGAUAGGGUGGAAGAUGGGGUGGAAGAUAGGGUGGAAGAUAGGGUGGAAGAUGGGGUGGAAGAUAGGGUGGAAGAUGGGGGGUGGGGGCGGGGCAGAACAUUAUUGUGCAAAGCUCACAGGACAGACACCUUGCAGUGA